AUGUCGAGGCCGUUAUCAUCACUCGGUUGUCUAAUUCUCAGUGUUUUCUGUGUUGCAAAGAGCGCACACGUACUAGACUUCCAGCCUGACCCAUCAAACCUGCAAUUGGGUGCCCAAAUCAACCACAUCAACACCAGGAUGACAUCUCCGUGUGUGUCGACACCUGUACUUUUGACCACAGACGAUUACAAUGCCCUGCCCUACUUGAAGGGCGAUGAAACGUAUGCGUAUGCCGAGGGGGGUGAACAGACAGGCCAGUAUGGGGAGUUAUAUCUGCCGAAAGACAUGGCGGAGAUGGGCGAUGGGACGCUGCCUGUGGUGCUGCUCAUUCACGGAGGGUGUUGGCUGCAAACCUUUGACAAACACGGUGUGUCUUCACUAGCGGCAGCCAUAGCCUCUGAAGUGGGUUACAUGGUGUAUGCAAUCACCUACCGGAGAUUGCCGGAGAUUGCUGCCAAGCCCUGUUGCAGCGGGUGCGCCAGUACGGGCGACUGUGAAGGGGACGCAUCGGAAAGUCAUGAUUCACCCAAAGACGCUGAAGACCAUACAGACACCACUAGUCGCGACGACUGGAAUUCGGACACCUUCGCAGAUGUCGCAUCAGCCACCGCUGAGCUGCAGACGAUCAAGGCGAAGCAUCCGCAGAUGAACUUGGACUGUGUCAUUGGCGUAGGCCAUAGCGCAGGUGGCCAUCUGGCGUUGUGGGCCGCGUCACGGCACGCACAGAGACAGACCACCCCCUCGAGCACAGACAAACAAGGCGAAGAGAAGCUAGAGAAAGGCUCGGCAGGUGAUGAGAUAGAGACACGGGAUAGUGUGUUUUCUGCUGUGGAUGAGACACUCUCGGUGCCCUUUAAGGCGGUAGUGUCGUUGGCAGGCAUUGCUGAUCUCAGAGACGGGGCGAGUAAAGAGGUCUGUGGCAACAGCAUAGUGCGACUCAUGGGAGGAGCGUCUGGGACAUCUGAUGCCGUUGAUGAGAGGUAUAACUGGGCUAGUCCCAUCGAAAACCUACCCGCUGGCGUUCAACAGGUGCUAAUUCAUGGUGCAGUGGACCAGUUUGUGCCCUCAACCUUAAACGACGAGUACUUCGCAAAGGCUACACAGACAGUUGUAACGCCUCCAUUCACAGUCGCGUCUGUGCAACGCAGAUGGUUGGUCUCCGAUGGAGUGCCCUCAGCCCCUCACACCACUGUGACCAGCGAUUGCCUUGUAUUGCCUUGUAUUCUAUUGGCGUUUGAGUCUGUUGUCUGCGACGAUAUCACACAACACUUUGUUCAUGGCGCUGGUCAUUUUGAGGUCAUUUUACCCGAAGGCGAGAGUUGGGCCCUGCUGAAGUACGUGCUUAAAUCACUAUACAGUAAUUAUGGCUAG